GCAAUGACCGGAAUCUCAGAUCUCGCCACGGAAAUCCUCGAUCUCAUAUUCUCAUUUCUCACAUCUAAAUCAGAUAAGCUCAAUACUGCGCUCGUGUGCAAGCUAUUUCGAGACUGCGCGGAGCCGUUGUUCUACCACGAUUAUGUGCACGAGGGGGGCUGGGAAAAGGAGACAGCGUAUUCUCUCACACCUUUCAUUCGGCGAAUCAUCGAGCGCCCCGAUCGAGCUCAUUUUGUGAAGCACGUGACCCUUCACAAGUGGAAUUACGACGGCCAAACGAGACGCCCGCGAGCCAUCUCAGACGAAGAUUUGAGCGCAUUUGUAGAGGCCGCCCGGAAAGCAGGAAUUCUCGAUCCCACCAAAGAAUCCGACCAACUGAUCACGGAUGCUGGCAUUACCGAUCUGAUAGAUCCAGUCGAUGGCGACUGGGAGGACUUCUCUGAACCUUCUCAAGCUUAUGGGGAUACGACGAGUGGCCACGACGACGCAGAAUGGAUCCAACAGCUACAAGUAGGAAACGAGGAACCCCAGAUCAUACUGUUAUUAGCCAUACUGCCAGGAAUCAAGAGCCUAUCGUUCACGGGAAUUCCACGACAGGAAACUCUCUCAUGGUCCCAGCUGAGACAAGUAGCUCAUGGUUUCCGUCAUUUGCGCAACAUAUCUUGCACGGCGGAUAAUAUCGGAUACAGUGCGUCGCUCUCACGUAUUGGACACUUGAUGGGAGCGCCGUCACUUCAAAAGGUGUUCUUAUCGGACGGUGGUCGCACCGGUAGAGACAUUUCAAACCAAAACAUCACCUCCGUCGAACUGACACCUCUUCCGGUGAAGGUUGCGACCUUUGAGCACUCGGACGCCAACUUUCGAACACUCUCACUCUUUGUUUCUAAAUGUACCGGCUUGGAAUACCUCACUCUCAAAGUUACGAAUCCGUUUCUUCGUGCUAGACAGAUCAAUGCCACCCAACUCAAGAACAUCAUUAACACUCAGAGCGAUUCGUUGAAAGGCCUCCGACUGUGCCUAGAUAUGUCAAGGGGUCCUCUGGAACUCGAGCAUACUCGCCUUGAGUCGUUGAGUCAUUUCAAGAACCUCGUUUUCCUCGAGGCUGAACAGGUUCUACUUCUAGGGCGAUUUCUGCAAGUCCCACAAUACAAGCUGAGAGACAUUCUACCUUCCUCAUUGAAAGGGCUUAGUAUUGGAUGGGCUGAGGAAAAUCUCAUGCCUCACCUUUUGGAACUCGCAUCGGUCUGUGACAUGGACUUCGGAAGCCUUGAGUUACUUUGUGUCAGCUUCGCAAGCAACCCUACCAGAACAAAACCCACUGUGUCCCUGCCUCUUGCUUUUGACGCGUCCCGGGUGAAGGUGAUCGUGGAAACGAAUAGGCGAUGGCCUGUCGAUCGUAGUCCAGAUCUGGAAGCUUGGCUGAGCAAGAAGAUCCCAGAACUAUGAUGACGGCCACAGAGGAAUCAACCACACCACUUGGCCCCAUCUAUUUAUUUCUAUAAAUUCCAGGGCACGUACAGUGCUUUAUAGAUUUUGGUACACUUUCCCCACUGCUGGCAGAGCUUCAACGUACAAAUAGAAAUCAGGGGCGACGAAUCACACUCCCUAUCUACGUACUUCUAUCUGCCGCUGUCUGGGGUGGCCUCAAGAGUU